AUGGCCUGCCGCCCUGUGUGGGGGUCCGGCGUGUUGGGGAUGGCCGGGGGCGCGGGCCGGCAGCGCGGCGCGGGCGCCGCGGAGGGGGGGCGGCAGAGGGGGGGGCUGUGGUGGCUUUGCGCGUCGGGCGGGGGCCGGCACAUGGGGGGCCGCACUGGCGGCGCGGACGGCGGGGGUCAUGGGGUUGGGCCGCGGCGCCGGAGGGGGGGCGCCGGGGCCCCCCCACACACUCCAGAGCCCCGCGGGGGGGGGGACGGGGCACGGGGCUAG